AUGCCCUCGCGACCGCCGCCGUCCGCCUCGCAGGCCUCGCUCGCAAAGGCUCACGCAAAGAGUGCCCGCGAGUCCUCCCUGGCCGCGUCGCACGCCAUCUCGCGCAGGAGGGCGACGGGCAGGUCGUUCAUCGGCAUCAGCAGGGGUGGAGAUGGCGGUCCAGUCCAUGGCGCGAUGUACGACGCAGAGGACGACCCAGAUAGGUUGUACUACUCGCGCGGACUCGGCAGGCUCGACAGCGACGAGGACUCGGCGGACGAGGACAGCGACGUCCUCGGCGAGGGCGAUCUCGGAUGGGUGCUGAGCGAGGACGAGCACGACGACGGCGAGGGCGACGACGACGAGCAGUCCGGCCGGGCAGGACCCUCCGAACUGUCGACCUACCGACGACCAUCCGUCUCGUACAACCUGAUGCCCGGUCAAGGCCACACCCUCUCGAGCGAGGAGACACCCUCCGAAGUCGAGGACGACUCGCCAGAGGUCAAAGCGCGCUUCGAAUGGCAGCACAUGCUCAAUAACGUUCUCUCGGGCAAUGUCCUCAAGAGUGAGAAGACACGGUUAUCGACCGCCUCGCUGUCCGGCACCAAGUCGCUCAAGAACGGCUUCGUUGACGGCUUCUCUAGCGGGAGGAGGCAGCGCGCAUAUGCGAUAUGGCUGCUGUUGCGGGCAAAAGUGCGAGGGCGGACAGCGGAUGAGGAGUCGCGCUUUCUCGAAGAGGCGCGGUCCAAGGUCGACGACGUGCUGGAGGAGGUCUCGAAGUUCCGGGUGACGGACCUCCAGCAGGAGGAAGGAGGAAUCGAGAUCGACUCGACCAUUCGGCAACGAAACGCGGCGGAUCAGGUCGGUAGUCUGCUUAAGCGGGUCGACUGGUGCGAGACGCUGUAUCCCUCGAGGAAGGCGCUGUCGCUGGAGAAGGAGGGCUUCACGUCGGACGAGGUUGUCCAGCGCCUCGAUGCGUUGCGGACAUGGCAGCAGAUCACUCGGCGAUUGAAGGUGACGGUCGGGAUCUUGCAGAAGUGGACUGGAGGUGACUGGGAGAAGCUCAGCCAGCUGGCGUUCUCUGGGGACGACGGCAAGACGCCGACUGGUCAGCCGGGACAGUCUGGCACGGUGACGCCAAACGGCGCAGGUCCGAACGGCCCUCCAGCGGCCGACCGCGGCUUCGUCGCCGUCAUCGUGCGCGAGGACAGUCUCGCCAAGACGUUCGAGAAGCGCAUCUUGACCGACCUCUUCUCGCUCGUCGAUACCGCCAAGGCCGCCGUCAUCGACCUCCAGCCCCUCUUCGCCGAGAUGAACCUGCCCGGCUUCACCGACGACCUCUUCCGACUCGCCAUCUUCCCCUCCCGUCUUGCACAAGAAGCGCUCCGAACCACCCUCGACUCCGUCUCCAACAUCCACGACCCCUCCGUCAUCCUCAUCGACCAGCUCACGAACGACCUUCGCAAGGGUCUCGAGGUCGCGUGUCAGAUCAAGCGACAAUACACCGAGCUUGCGACGCCUGAACCCGUCACGGGCUGGGCUCUUCCCGAGCGAGUCGACGGGUACGAGGAGACGCUCCUUGCGACGCUUCGGUUCUUCUUCAAGCUCCUUCACUGGAAGCUGAAGAGCCCGAGCAAGGCGAUCUACUUCAAAGAGACCGAGAUCGUCGAGAACGAGUGGGGCUUUUUGUCGACCGUGACCGAGGAGAUUGACGGCGGAGACUUGCUUGUGGGCGAGCACUUCAGCACCCUCACCCAUCGCCUUCUCGUCCGCGUCAUGAGCUACUUCGAGACGCAGCUCCAGGUGCUCGAGACGCGCGACAUGACGGCUCAGGAGACCUCGCGGUGGUUCAGCCAGACGCUCGACAACGUCCGCGCACGGCAUCGCAAGCUUUUGCGAUUCGGCAGGAGCAUGCUCCUCCGGUUCGAGAACGCAGCCGAGUACUCGCUCGACGGGAUCGACCUUGGCACCUUCAUCGAGUCGCUGGUCGACUCCGAUCACUUCCUCGUUUACACCGACGUCUACGAAGCCGAAGCAACAUACAUUGUCGCCGAUCCUUCCCUGCACGAGCACCCCGAGCUCGUGCGACAAAUUCUCGUCCGCUGCUUCUCGAACGAGACGCAGAACGACGCGCCCGAGCACCCCGAGCACCCGAUGCACUACGUCCUCCUCCUCUCGCCUCGCGACCCGUUCGUCUGGACCGGCCGCGUCAUGGAUCUCAACUUGGGCGGCAAGGUCGAUUACGAUCUCCGAGAACGCCGCGUCCGACUGGUUUCGGAUGGUCCCGCUGCCCGCCUCGCACGCUCGAAGCAGACCUUCCUCGACCUCUUCCCCGCCUUCAAGCGCAACACCGUCGUCGAGCACAAGGCGCAUCUUGCGAGCGUCAAUCGCGAGACGCGCAAGAUUAGCCGAGCGAUCUAUCGACUCGCCGAGACCGUCUUGGGCGCAUACGAGCGCGUCAAAGCCGUCUCGCAGCGACGACCGGGCCAGGCGCAGGAACUUCUCGGCUCGUACUUCACCUUCGCCGCCGACCUCGGCACGCGCAGUCUGCGGUACAUUGAGCCCGCCCUGCGCAGCAGGUUCCUCCUCGUCCUCAUGAAGUUCUCGAUCAAGUGGGUUGCGUUCAUCUGCGACGACUGCGUGCCGACCGACCCUCGAACGUUCAAGUGGGCCGUCGCUGCGCUCGAAUUCGCCAUGAGCAUGACGAAGAACGACAACAUCCUCCAGUUCAGCGAGGGCGAGUUCGCCUUGCUCCGCUCAAAGGUUGCGAGCUGCAUGACGCUCCUCAUCUCCCACUUCGACAUCCUCGGCGCGAGGUCGAGCUACGAGGCGAAAAAGGAGCAGGAGCGCAUCGACGCAGCGCGAUUGGCGACGAAAGAGCAGCUGGCAGCGCGGCUUGCGGCGCUCAGGGCAACGCGGCAGCAGGGCGAGGACGAGGACAGCCAGUCGAGCGUCGGCUCGCUUGCGAUGGCGUGGGAGCAGCGCAUGGAGGCGUUGAAGGCGGUCGAGGACUCGCGGCGGGCAGUCGAGGCGGGCAACCGAGCGGUUGGACGCGUCCUCGACCACAACCUCGCCGAAGACCGCUCUCUCGCCUUCCUCGCCUCAUCGUCUCUCUCGAACAUCUCGCUCCGCUGGCAGCAAGGCAAGUUCAUCGGCGGAGGCACGUUCGGCAACGUCUACCUCGCUGUCAACCUCGACUCGGGCGAGGAGCUCGCCGUCAAGGAGAUCCGCUUCCAGGAUUUGCAGUCGGCUCCUCACCUCGUCAAGACGAUCCGCGACGAGAUGAAGGUCAUGGAGAUGCUGCGACACGACAACAUCGUCCAGUACUACGGCAUCGAAGUCCACCGCGACAAGGUCUACAUCUUCGAGGAGUACUGCCCCGGCGGCAGUCUCGCGAACCUCCUCGAGCACGGCCGCAUCGAGGACGAGAUCAUCAUCCAGAUCUACGCCUUGCAGAUGCUCUCCGGCCUCGUCUACCUGCACUCCCAAAACGUCGUGCAUCGCGACAUCAAGCCCGACAACAUUCUCCUCGACGGGAACGGCACCAUCAAGUUCGUCGACUUUGGCGCGGCCAAGGUCCUCGCGAAGAACCAGAAGACGCUCGCCUCUCGGUCCCGCAUCGGCGCGCCCGUCGCUCUCGACCCCGCAGCGGCCCCGGCGGACGCCAACUCGCUCACAGGGACACCCAUGUACCUGUCGCCCGAAACGGUCAAGGGCGAGCGGAGGGGAAAGAAGGGCGCGAUGGACGUCUGGGCCGUCGGCUGCGUCAUCCUCGAGUGCGCGACUGGCAGGCGCCCGUGGAGCAACCUCGACAACGAGUGGGCCAUCAUGUUCCACAUUGGCAUCGCUGUCCAGCACCCGCCUCUUCCCGAGCCGCAUCAGUUGUCGGAGCUCGGCAUCGACUUUAUCCGCCAGUGCCUCACCAUCGACCCGGACAAGCGUCCAUCGGCGGAGGAGCUGAUGGUCCACCCGUGGAUCCAGGAGGCGACUGAGCAGAUCCAGGCAGCCUACGAGGAGGAGUCGGGCCCGACGAGCAGCUUCCGCAGCAGCGGUAGCUCGGGCGCGUACUCGAUCACGCCGUCGUCGUAUGGGCCGGAAGGCGAGUCGGGACAGCCUGGAGCGCCGGGCGUGAUCCUCGAGGAGCCGGAGGAGAAUGACCGGGAGGAAUACGAUGAGGACCAGGGUUACGCCGGACCCGAGGAGGGAGGCUACGAUGCGCAGGACGAGGAGGUUGAGGAUGGCGAAUACAGCGAUGACGAGCGUGGACUCGCAGCCUUGCGGGAGGAGGACGAGGAUGAGGACUGA